AUGGCGUCGACGACGGAAAAUAAUAUCAAGGAUGAUUGCUCGACAUCACAAAGAAAGGUGGGUAUUUUUUGAAAAAAAAAGAAAAUUAGUGAGAAACUCUUCGCUUCAGAUUCUCAUUGGAAUCUGUGCAAUGAAUCGAAAAGCGACAAGCAAACCAAUGAAGGCAAUUAUGAAUCGAAUCGUCGAAACCUACAAAGAUUGGCUGGAUUUCUUCGUCUUCCCUGAAAAUGUGAUUCUAAAUGAGCCAAUUGAAAACUGGCCACUUUGUCAUUGUCUAAUCUCCUUCCACUCUGCCGAUUUUCCCCUUCAAAAAGCCAUCGAAUAUGUGAAAUUGCGAAAUCCCUACGUGAUCAAUGAUUUGAAUCGACAAUAUGAUUUAUUGGAUCGAAGAACCGUGUUCAAAUGUUUGAGUGAUCAUGGAAUCGAACAUCCUCGACAUGGAUGUGUUAUUCGAAAUUCGGAUAAAGAAAAGGAUACCGAAUUGAUUGAACAUCCUGAUCAUAUUGAAGUUAAUGGAGAGGUUUUCAAUAAACCAUUUGUUGAAAAACCGAUUUCUGCUGAAGAUCAUAAUAUUUACAUAUAUUAUCCAUCGAGUGUGGGGGGAGGUUCUCAAAGACUAUUUAGAAAGGUUAGUGCAUUUUUUUCGAAUUAAGGGAACUUUUUUCGGGACAUGGGCGGUCUUUCCAGAAAAAAGUUCCCUUGUAAUUAUAUUUUCUUUCCCCCGUAGACUUACGCUAAUUAAAAAAAAAUUAACGCUGAAUAUUAAAUAUCAGUGAUGUGAUUGGUCCUCCUUUAGUUUUCAUUUAUUUAUUUCUUCUUCUUCUCAAAAACAUUGUCAAUUCCUUUAGGGAACAAUGUCAAUCAAAGGAAAAAACGUCAAAUCAUGGCAUGUGAGUGUUGUAAAUUUGUUUUUUUGCGCGCAACUUACAAAAACGAGUGAUUUUCGACUAAUUAACAGUCCCUCUCUCUCUAUAUGUUCUAUCUCUUCUUGUUUUGCCCCCAACCGCGGCAUCUCGAAUUUCAGAUCAAUAAUCGAAGUAGUUGGUAUUCGCCAACAUCGGAAGUUCGAAAAGACGGUAGCUAUAUUUAUGAGGAAUUCAUACCGGCCGAUGGAACCGAUGUGAAAGUGUAUGCGGUUGGACCGUUUUAUGCGCACGCGGAAGCGCGAAAAGCGCCUGGUUUGGAUGGAAAAGUUGAACGAGAUUCGGAUGGAAAAGAGGUUCGAUAUCCGGUGAUUUUGAGUAGUAAAGAGAAGGCGAUUGCGAGAAAUGUUGUGAUGGCUUUUGGGGUGAGUGUUUUUGAGGGGGGAUUUGAAAAAUUGAGCCAAAAUAUUGAGCUCUGAACAGAAAACUUUAAAAAAAGCCUAGAGUCAGCCUAAUAUAAGGCUUUUUCGGAUCAUAAAAUAUGUCAUUCUAUAACGUCUAAAAGUUUUAUCUUUUAGGACUUUCAGACCUAAAAGUAUGAAUAUUUUGGGCCGAAAAUUGGAUUUUCAGGAGCCUAAAAUCGGCCUAACAUUAGCUUGUUUAGACUCGAAAUUCUGUUUGAAAUUCUGAAUUCUUUCUACUUUGAAAAACAUACCUUUUUUUAGUGGCUUGAUAAAAAAUUGGGAUUUUCUGAAGCCUAAAAUCAUCUUAAUAUUAGGCUUUUCAGGCUAAAAAUUUUGGGAUUAUUUGGACCUGAUUUUCUGUGGUUCUGUUGAGCCAAAAAAGUUUUGGAGCGUUUUUUCAAUUCUCUAAACCUAUCAGUAGUUUGAUAGCCUUGAAUUGAAAAAUUUCAUUUUUUUCGAAAUAAAAAAAUCCUGGAUUUGAUACGUUUCAAUUGAUAGCUAAAACAAGAUCUGAUUUUUUAUUUAUGUUUUCGUCAUUUAUAAUGAAUAAUAAAUACAGAAAAUUCGAAAAAUGCAUUAUUUCUGACUAAACAAGCCUAGACUUCAGGACUAAAACUGGGCUUGAUUAGGCUUUCAAACAGCCUAAUUUUGUGCACCUAAAAUCUAGGCUUAUUCAGGCUCAAAAUGCAUUUUUAAGCCUAGGGUUUGGUCUGAAACUGGACUUUUUAGGCUCUAAAGAACCCAGAUUUUAGGCCUAAAAACUAGGCUCAAAAAUGGCCUAAUUUUCGAGCUGAAAUGAGCUCAUAUUUUAGGCCUAGGAACUAGGCUUAUCCAGGCCGAAAAAACCCUCAAUCUCCUCGAUUUUCAGCAAACAGUUUGCGGAUUCGAUUUAUUGCGAGCCAACGGCAAAUCAUAUGUUUGCGAUGUGAAUGGUUUUUCAUUCGUCAAAACAUCCACAAAAUAUUAUGAGGAUACUGCGAAAAUUCUAGGCAAUAUGAUAAUUCAACGACUUGCGCAUAAAAUGCAUAUGAAAUUGCCGAAUAUGGCGAUUCCACCACCGCCAUUGCUUGAUCUUGGAUUAGGAGGUGAGGUUUUGAUUUUAUACUUCGAACCAAAAAAUCUACUGUUUCAAAAAAUUCAUAAUAAAUUUCAAUUUGAAGAUUAUCUGAUUAUUUAACAGCAACAAAAAGUAGUUUUGUUUAUUUGUACAAAAUCUACAAUUGUAAAGAAAAUCCCCAAAAAACCGCCCAUAUUUUCUCUCCAGAUGAUCCGCCAUUGGUAAAUACGCCCAGCGGAAAACUGAUGGAAUUGCGUUGUGUCGUUGCUGUCAUUCGACAUGGCGAUCGAACACCCAAACAGAAAAUGAAGCUGGUUGUGACGGACAAACGAUUCUUUGCACUUUUCGAGAAAUAUGAUGGGCACAAGAAGAAUGAGAUUAAAAUGAAGAAACCGAAUCAAUUGAUGGAGGUUUUGGAGUUGGCGAGAUGUUUGGUGAAUGAGAAACAGGUGAGGAUUUUGGGGACUGUUGGAAAAAUGUCAGAAAUUCUGUGUGGUUCUGAAUGUUAAAAAUGUUUUUUAAAUUGCCACGUCAUAGUUCACGUUAAAAAAAAUUUAGAUUAUUUACUGAAAUAUUGGAGAAGAAAAGAUUAAAAAAGAAUUAUAAAACUGAAAUUAUAAAAUUGUUGAAACAGUAAUUUUUCUUGAGAAAAAUUUUAGAGAAAAGUAAUUAAUUACAAAAAUUUUCCACGAUUUCUGAAAUUAAAAAAAAAAUUCAAAUGAAGUUUAAAAAUACUUCUAAAGCUGACAAUUUAAUUGAACUAAUUAAAUUUUCUAUUUAAAAAAAAUUGCCACGUCAUAAUUGACGCUUAGAAACUCUAGCAAUUUCAGAAAUCCAUUUUUUCAAUAUAUUCCUGAAAAUUAUUAGAAAAUCUCAAUACAGCUAAUUUUUCUUUAAAAAAUUCCCUACAACCCCCAAAUUUCCAGCGAGAUCGCAACCAACUUCUGGAAGAGCUGAAAGAAUUCCACGGCACCGACGAAAAACUGCACGAAAUCGAGCAUCGUCUCGAACUAUGCGAAGAUGACGCGAAAAAAUGGGAACAAAUGCGAACGGUUCUUGAAAUGUAUGCCACUUCAUAUUUCUUGAUUGUCUGUUUUGUUUCACCCUCUUUUUGAUUUAUAGAGCACGAAAAACGCAUGGGGGUUCUGUAAAUAUUUUAUAUAUACAUACUUGUAAAUAAGUUCUAUACUAAAUACUAAAAAUCAGGGUAAAUAUUCUUCUUAGAAGCAUGUUAUUGUUGUGUUUUGUCUUUUUUUAAUAAAUCCAAUUGGAAUUUAUUUAUCAUGAUUUUUUAAAAUUAGUUAGUGAUAAUUAGCUGAAAUUUUAGGUAUGGACAUUUCUCGGGAAUCAAUCGCAAAGUUCAGAUGAAAUAUUUGAAGGAAAGAGAUGUGAGUUAGGGUAACUAGAAACUAGAAAAAAAUAAUUGUUUGCAGGACCAAGGCCCGGCUUUGAAUGUGAUUCUAAAAUGGGGUGGCGAAUUGACGACUGCUGGAAAUAUGCAAGCUGAAGCACUUGGUCGAUUAUUUCGAACACUUUAUCCGGGAAUUCGAAGAACUGAUGGAAAAAGUUCGCCGGAAGAUACGCAGGGUCUCGGAUUCUUGCGAUUGCAUUCGACGUAUCGACAUGAUUUGAAGAUUUAUGCGUCGGAUGAGGGAAGAGUUCAGACGACGGCGGCGGCGUUUGCGAAAGGAAUGUUGGCGUUGGAGGGGGAAUUGACGCCUAUAUUGAUGCAGGUAGGAGUUUUUGUCCCUUUAAAUAAAUCUACUGUAGAUUCCGAGGGAUUGCUCAUAUUAGAAUGGCUAAUUCAAAGAAAUUUGAGAUUGCUCAUAUUAGAUAAAAUUUGGGAUUGCUCAUAUUCUUCAAUUUUCCAAAAAUUUCGGAUUUCCUAGCAUUUUUUUUGUUUGCUGAAAAUAGGCUCAAAAGUAAUAUGGGAAAAAAAUUAAAUCCAAAAAAUUUUGAAAUUUUUUUUCAAGUCAAAAUUUCACUAGAUUUUUCUAGUGUUUUAAUUUAAUUUUUUUUGAAAAUAUUUUAUUGGAUUUUUUAAAUUCUUAAAAUUUUAAUUUUUAAACUUUAAUUCAAAUUAAAAAAAUAUAUCGAGCACGUUUUCCGAAAUUCUGAAAAUGAAAAUUUCAAGAAAAAAUUUUAUUUGGAAAAUUCUACGUGACCCACGUCAUAUUCUCUUCAUUUCCCUCGAAAUUCUAGAAAAAUUCACAUUUCCCGCAAAAAAUGAGGUAAUUUCUUCAGAUGGUCAAAUCAGCCAACACCGAUGGAUUAUUAGACGACGAUUGCCAGGCUCGACUCUAUCAAACCGAGCUCAAAAGAUAUUUGCACAAAGCGCUGCAAGUCGAUCGAGAUUUCACCCCACAAGAUUAUCUUGAUUUGAAUCCCAGUGGUCUUCGAUCAAUCGCAAAUGCAAUGGAAUUUAUCAAAAAUCCCAAGAAAAUGUGUCAUGAAAUAGCGGGAUAUGUUGAGAAAAUGUGUGCAGUGAUUCAAGAAUAUUCGCAGACAAAACAAGGCGGAACACUGUAUUUGCAAGAAUCGAUGGAUUUAGCACAAAGGAGGUGGAAUAAAGAAUUGAGAGAGUUUCGAAAAAACAAAAAGAAUGGCGAAUUCGAAUUCGAUAUCUCAAAAAUCCCCGAUAUUUAUGAUAACAUCAAAUAUGAUAUGGAACACAAUCCCGAUCUUUGUAUCAAUAAUGAAGUGGAAUUCGAGCGAAUGUAUUCAUGUGUAAAGAAUAUGGCAGAUAUUGUUGUACCUCAAGAAUAUGGAAUAAAACAGGAGAAUAAAACUGUUAUUGCGCAACGAGUUUGUACGCCACUUUUGAGGAAGAUUCGAAAUGAUUUGCAUCGAUGUUUAGAGAAUACGGAAGAGGGAGAGACGCAGACACGAUUAGAUCCGAGAGCUUCGCAGGGAAUUGCGACACCUUUGCGGCAUGUUCGAACACGAUUAUAUUUCACAAGUGAAUCACACAUUCAUACAUUGAUGAAUUUGAUAAGAUAUGGGAAUUUGUGCACAAUUGAUGAUAAAAAAUGGCAGAGAGCUAUGAAUUUCCUAUCUGGAGUCACCGAAUUCAACUACAUGACUCAAGUUGUUUUGAUGGUUUAUGAGGAUAGUCGAGCCGAUGUUCCCGAAGCAAAUCGAUUUCAUAUUGAGAUUCUAUUUUCACCUGGUUUGUAUCCAUGUUUUCUAACAGAGAAGGAGAAGAUUUAUGAGAAUCGAUUCAAUUUGGGAUCAACUGGCGGUGGAAAGACGCCGAAACAACGGGAAUCGAAAGAGGGAAGUGAUCCGAUGACGUCAUCGAUGGAGGGACGAAAAUCGAGCACAGAAAAGGGCUGCUCGCCGACUUUGUCGCAUUUGGCGGCCAAUAGUCCGUUUGUUAGUGAUGAGAUUUCGGUUAGCAGUGAACAGGAUCCGAUUGCGGCUGAAGUUAAUGGGUUAGUUUUGGGAAAUCUGUUUAGGAAAAAAGUUUCUCAAUGAAAAUUUUUAUUGUACAAAAUUUUGGGACUAAAAAAUAUUUUUGGAAACUAACGCAUUUUUCAAAACUGACGCAAAUUACUAUAGAUCCUCUAGUACCUAGAAUCUAGUUGAAAAUUUUACUAUGAAAUUUUGGAACCUGAAAUUUCUUGUCUGAAAUUUCCAAAUUUCAACAAUUAGGCAUUUUUCGAGUCCAAAAUAGUAACUAGAGUCUAGUUUUCAUUGAAGUAGUGAACUGAAAAAAAAAAUAGAAAAAUUUCAAUUUUUGUGGGUUUUUUCAUUAGAAACCCACAAAAAUCAAAAUUUCAAUUUUUGUGGGUUUUUUCAUUAGAAACCCACAAAAUUUCAAUUUGAUUUGAUUUCGGUGGGCGAAAUCUCUUGAAAAAAAAUUCACCAUUUUCCCCGCCCCCCCUAAAAAUCUUCAUUUCCAGCCUCCUGAACUCAUCCACAAAAUCGCAUGCAGAUUCCGAAGAUGAUUUGAAUGAUGUCGAAUCGGUCAACCUCGUCGCCCUGGAUGAACUUAAUAGCUCUACGAAAAUUCGUAAGUUUCUCUUGAAAACCCACCCACCUUUUUCCAUGUUUUUUUUGCUGUGACUACUACUAACUUCUUUACAGUUUCCGACGAAAAACGGCAAAGAAGUGCGACUGGAACCGAAAAAUCAAUGGAGGUAUUUUUCAACCUUAACAUUCUUAGUGUGAAUUUUUUACAAUUCAAUUUAGGAAGGUGAUAAACCGCACGGCGAAUGGAAAAGUGGUGGAGUGGCCAAGUCAGCGAGUCAAAUAUCAGUUGGAUCAAAUGAAAAUGAAUCGUGUUUGGAAAGUAUGGAAACGGUUGGAAAUGGAAAAGGACAAUGGGUCAAGGAACUGUUGGAUCAGACGAAAAAAGCGAUGGCAAUGAAUUGUAUCAAAGAACACGAGCCGAUUAUGAAUGAGAAGGAAAAAGAGGAGGAACAAAUUCAGCAGCAGCAACAACAACAACAAAGUGAGCGGCAAUCGAGAUGUGAGAAAAUUAGUUAGUGUGAAUGGUGGACUUUUGAUUUAGGGAUUGGAAAUUGAAGGAUAAUGUGUGGUAGAUUCUAACCUAACGAAAAAAAUUCUCAAGCAUUUUUUCGAAAAUUUUAAUAUGAGCAAUGCUCGAAAAUUGAGCAAUUCUUGAAAAAUUCUAAAACAAAAUAAAAAGUUUUUCAAGUUUAGUAUGAGCAAUGCUCUAGAAAUCGAAAUUGCUUAUAUAUUUAACUUAUUUUCUUUAAGGAUUCUGGAAAUCUGGAAGUUUAAUAUGAGCAAUGCUCGAAAAUGUCUGAAAAUCAAUUUCUCGAGUAUUUUAAUAUGAGCAAUGCUCGAAAAAUUCUGAAAAAUCAAGUUUUUUGAAAAGUUUAAUAUGAGCAAUGCUUGAAAAUUCUUCAAAAUAACUUUUUCAAGAAGUUUAGUAUGAGCAAUCUCACUUUCUUGAGUAUUGAGAUUGCUCAUAUUAAGAACUUAUUUUCUUUAAGGAUUCUGGAAAUCUAGAAGUUUUAUAUGAGCAAUACUUGAAUAAUUCUGAAAACUAGUUAUUUCAAGAUAUUUAAGAUGAGCAAUGCUCGAAAAUUUGUUUCAAAAAAUCAAUUUUUCUAGCUCUAAAACCCUAUUUUUUCAAACAAAUCAUAACAAGAACUUUUAAGAUAUCAAAAAUUACCCUGAAAAAAUUUUUCAAAAAAAUAUUUAUAAAAUGUCUAAAGGUGCACGUGGUUCAUUCAUCGUUUCGGAACAAUUGGAUGAAAAAAGUAUGUUCUGCAAAAAAUGUUGUUUUUGUUUCUCAUUUUUGUAGUCAUUGUCCAAUCCAGUGUUGUUUUUGAUUUUUUGUGAUUGUCCAGCCAGAUUUUUAUUGGGAUCCAGGAAAUCCGCUGGAAUUUUUUGACUAAACAUAUUUUUUUCAGCUCGCCGAUAUUUUCCAUAUCGAUUCAAACAUCAUACAGCACAACUUUUUGCUGGUGAGAAAUCAGUUUUUUUUUGUUGCUGUUUCGAAAAAAAAACAAUUUUUCUAAGGAAUGUCUGCAAUCCACGUGAAUAAUCGAUUGAUUAGCACCGAUGUUUUGACGGGAAAAUUUGGCGAUCACGACAAACACAAAACACGCAAAGAUUUUGGAGCUGGAACUGCUGUCAUUUCGACGGCUGUCAUUGCGAGAUCUUCAUCGGCGCCUAGAUUAAUGACCUAUGGAGCUGAUGAUUUUUCGGUUGGAGGUGGGAAAUUUUUGAAUUUUUAUGUUAAAAAAAGAGUUCGGAAAUUUUUGCCUCACAUAAUUUUUUUCUUGCACAAAAAUUUCUGAACUUCGAAUUUCUGAAUUUUUUAUUCAAAACAUAUUGAAAAAUCACUUUUUUUUGGUUUAAUAUGAGCAAUGCUCUAGAAAUCGAGAUUGCUCAGAUUAAACACUCAUUAUUUCUAAGGAACCUGGAAAGCUAAAAGUUUAAUAUGAGCAAUGCUCGAAAACUCUUGGAAUAGUUAAUUUUUGAGAAUUUUAGUAUGAGCAAUACUUCAAAACUUUUGAAAAUCAAUUUUUUGAGGAAGUUUCGUAUGAGCAUUGCUCGAAAACUUUUUGAAAAUCAAUUUUUCGAGAAUUUUAAUAUGAGCAAUGCUCAGAAAAUUAUUAUUUAAAAAAUGAAUUUUUCUAGUUUAAUAUGAGCGAUGCUCAGAAAAUUCUUAUUAAAAAUCAAUUUUUGAGGAAGUUUAGUAUCAGAAAAUUAUUUUUGAAACCAAUAUUUCUAGUUUAAUAUGAGCAAUGCUCCGAAAAUUCUUAUAAAAAAUCAAUUUUUUGAGGAAAUUUAGUAUGAGCAAUACUUCAAAACUUUUGAAAAUUCAAUUUUUCCAGAGCAAUGCUGUCAGAAAAAAUCCAAAAGAUUUUCAAAUUUUUCAGAAUUUUCAGAACAUUUUUUUCUGAUUAAAAAUUCCUGAAAAAUUAUAGAUUUUUUCAACAAAACCUCCCAACCCCAAACCCUUCUUUUUUUCCCAGAAAUCAAGCGUUUCUGGCCACCUCUUCGAUCCCUCGAAACCCUCCACGAUUCAAUUCCCUUCAACGAAUUCGACAAUUUUCUGGCUCGACUAAUCAAAGGCGCAAUGACACCGUUGCCUUCUCCACCAAAAACCCCAAUUCCAUCAUCGAUUUCGUCAGAUACAAUUCACAAAACACCAACACAAGAUGAAGUGGAGAAAAUUAUUGGGAAACUUGUUGUGGAUAACAAAUAA